CUGUAUUGCACAGUUGUCGUUGCUUUUACGGAAGUUUAUGAAAUCAGGAGUUCAGUUGGAAUAAAUACUCUACUAUUAAAGUUUAUUUUAUCCCUCGUCAGUCUUCGUCCGCCUUUGUGUCAGACAUAAAAGGGGCUUUCCGCUUUCAAAGAGAGUAUAAAUAGUUAGUUUCGGUUUCAGUUUUACAGCUGCAGGUUCGGCCGGUCGACGUUUGAACUAGCAGCCGGUUGUGAACUUGUUAAAUUGUCAAUUUUGUUUGUUAGGGUAAAUAUCGGUGUCGGUUUACGUUCUCAAACGAUUAUCAAACUGCUACAUAUCAAACUUGGCUUGUCGAAAGGAAAUAACCUGUGCAUUAUGCAAAAAAUGAGCUACUUCUUCCCUCUGCUCUUCAUGUGCCUGGAUGUGUGUGUGUUGCACGCCAUCCGCUUGGCUCAGCUCACACCUCUCCUCCUCUCCCAUCCGUUCAUCACCCUGUGGGGAGGAGGGUUGACCAGGGCUUGCCUCCUCGCCCUUCUCACCCUCACCUCCCCUGGGAGCCUGCCUUGGAUGAGCAGUUUUGAGGGGCUACAGAGUUUAGGGGUCCUUUGCUUCCACUUCCCAGUGUACACCACUCUUCUCUGGGCGCUGGGCCAGUCCACCAUGGAGGAACUGUGGGGGUGGCACUCCUGGGAAAGGGUGUUACAGGGUUAUGUUGUGACAGUAGUGGCGUGGCUCUACUGGAGUCGAUAUGUGUCAUCUCUUUUGCUCUCCUGUGGUCGAUACAUCUCAUCUCUGUUGACGAGGGCGCCCUCUGAGGAGCCCAAAGAAGACACCAGUACACCUCUGAAGAGGCUGAUGGAAUACAUGCUGCCCUAUCUCUGGCGCUUUGUUUUUGUGCUGUUACUCGUGGUUCUCUCUUCUUGUGGUGAGAUGGCUGUUCCUCAUUACACUGGUCGUGUGGCUGACUGGAUCAUAAAUGAGGAAGCACCUGAUGCAUUCACAGAGGCCAUCAAAAUCAUGACGCUAAUGACUAUUGGCAGUGCUGUGCUUGAGUUUGUAUGUGACCUUGUGUACAACAUCACCAUGAGCCUGAUACACACCUCAGUGCAGGCAGCUGUCUUCCAGGCCGUGCUGAAACAAGAGAUUGGUUUCUUCAAGGCCACAGGUGAACUGGUGUCCCGCGUUACCACGGAUACUAAUGAUAUGAGCGAGGCACUGAGUGAGAAACUAAGUCUUGUGAUGUGGUACACAGCGCGUUUUGCCUUCCUCAUGUUCUUCAUGGUGCGCCAGUCAUGGAAAAUGUCCCUGCUCACUUGCAUGGGACUGCCCAUUAUUUGGGUCAUACCCAAGCUCACUGGACACUUCCACCAGACUAUUGCUGUAAAGGUUCAGGAGUCCCUGGCUAAGGCCAACCAGGUGGCCACAGAGACCUUCUCCUGCAUAAGGACAGUGAGGAGUUUUGCCAACGAGGAUGGUGAGACAGAGAGGUACAAACAGCGGCUGGACGAUACUUACGCACUUAACAAAAAGGAAGCAGCAGCCUAUGCAGCCUCUACCUGGGCUAACAGCAUGACCACCCUGGCCCUGAAGGUGUGUAUUCUGUACUAUGGAGGGACUCUUGUGACCAGAGGGGACGUUAGCAGCGGAGACCUGGUGUCCUUUGUCCUCUAUGAGUUGCAGUUUGCCUCUGCUAUUGAGGCUGUCAUGCGUUAUUACCCGGAGGUGAGGAAGGCAAUUGGUGCCUCAGAGACGAUCUUUGAAAUAUUGGAUCGCAAACCUAAAAGACCCCCAAAUGGCACUUUGGCCCCUAAAAAUCUUAAGGGUCACAUUCAGUUUAAAAAUGUUAAAUUUUCCUAUCCUGAUGAGAGCAAUCUUGUGCUGAAGGACGUGUCUCUAGAGAUGAAGCCAGGCCAAGUCACUGCCCUUGUGGGGCUUAACACAUCAGGGAAGUCCACCUGUGUCAAGCUGCUGGAGCGAUUUUACCAGCCCCAAGCAGGGGAAAUUCUACUGGAUGGGAAAAAAUUGCAAAGCUACCAAGACCAGUACCUACAUGACAAGAUUGCUGUGGUGAGCCAAAAUUGUCUGCUGUUUGCUCGCUCUGUGCGGGAGAACAUCAAGUAUGGCUACGAGGGUGCUUCUGAUGAGGAGAUGGAGAAGGCUGCCAUACAGGCUAGUGCCCACGACUUCAUCAUGGGGCUGUCAAGUGGAUACGACACAGAUGCUGGGGAGAAGGGAGGCCAGGUGUCCGGAGGCCAGAAGCAGCGUAUUGCCAUUGCCAGAGCUUUAAUCAGAUGUCCUAAAAUCCUGAUACUGGACAACGCCACCAGUGACUUGGACACAGAGAAUGAAUAUCAGGUCCACCAAUCUUUGUUAAACCAAACCAACAACUGCUCUGUGCUGUUGAUAUCCAACAAGAUGGGUGUUGUAGAGAAGGCCGAUCAUAUCAUUGUCCUCAACGGUGGGAUGGUAGAGGAGGAGGGCAGUCAUGAGGAGCUGUUGAAGAAAGACGGUCUUUAUGCUGAACUGGUGAGAAAGCAGAAUAUGGGCUUUCACCGUCAAGAAGAGGAGGGGAAUGAUACACACUGAAAUGUGCGAGCGGAGGUUACCCUCAAGUUAGAGAAGCAGUCCAUUUACUGGAAGGUUGCUGGUUAAAAGUCCAGACUUAAAGGGUCACAACUCCAGUUAUACUUGCACUAUAAAUAACAACUGCAUUGUGAGACCACACUUCAUACUAAAAGCCUUGCUAGAGUUUUUGCCUAUUAAGAAAAUUUCCCAUUUACAUGCACCUUAUACGUAAGUGAAGUUGUACUUGAAAUGUCCUACUCUUGUUCCAGUACAUUGAAAUUUGCAUUGUUAUAUUAAGGUAUAUCAUAACAUAGGUAGUUUUCUGGAAAAUGACCAUAUUUGACAAUGACAUCUAAAGGUAUUUCCUCACAUUGAUGCAACAAUCAUCAAAAAUCAAGUCCCAAUGUUUGCAACAUUGCCCACAAUGGUCUAAUACAACCAGAGAGACAGUAUUAAAGGGAUAGCUUCCAUUGUAUAAAUGAUGUGGCAAAAUCUCAGUUAAAACAUUUGAAUCAUCCCAUCGUACUUAUCAUAUCGCCCAACCAUAUUGUGUGAAUGGGAAUCACUAUGAAGAGAGUUUAUGAUGAUCACACACUAUUCCUUUAUGCUUUG